AAAAUGUCUCUUGAAACUGUACCGAAAGAUUUGCGACAUUUACGAGCAUGUUUAAUGUGUUCGUUGAUAAAAACAUUUGAGCAGUUUGAAUAUGAUGGAUGUGAUAAUUGUGAAGAACAUCUACAUAUGAAGAACAAUAGGGACAAUGUUUAUGAAUGUACAAGUUCCAAUUUUGAUGGUAUGGUUGCUAUGAUGGGAAAUGAAGAUAGUUGGGUUGCUAAAUGGCAAAGAAUAGGUAGAUGUGCGAAGGGUGUUUAUGCUAUAUCAGUAACUGGUAAAUUACCUCCAGGAAUUGUCAGAGAUUUAGGAAGAAAAGGAAUCGCUUAUAGAUCUCGUGACACAAGUAUUAAAUCCUGAGAUCGAUUCAUGUGAACAAUGUGAAAGUGUGAAUAUAAACAAUGAAGAAGACAUUUUUAACAGAUUGAAUACGAUUUAUUAUGGGUUUUAUGGUGUAAAUGUCAUUUCAUUUUAUUUAAUUUUCAUUUCAUUGUGAAUGGUUAGAAGAUCGGUCAUGUCAAAUUCUAAGAACAGACAUUUCGCAUAGAAAUCAUUUGAGUAAAUGUUACAACUGUACAAUCAACACUAAUUGAAUGAAAUUCAAUGAUAAGUGCAAAUGCAAAAAAUUAUGAGAUAUAAUUUUUGUACCUGUAGUGUAAAGGUGCCUGUAAAUAAAAUAUCAAUAUCUUUUC